AUGAACAGAGUGUCAUUAGCGUCAAUAUACAAACCAGCUGGAGCUAGUUGUCGCUGUCGUAGUGGUCGUGCUUGUGCUUGUAGUUGUAGCCGUCGUGGUGAUCGAGGUGGUGGUCGACGUGGUCUUGGUUGUGGUGGUUGUGGCCGUAGUAGUGGUGGUACUUGUAGUGCUGGUGGUGGUCGUCGUCGUCAUCGUGACUAA